AUGUAUUAUUAUAUAAGCGUCUACCGUCGCAGUCGUCCAGUACGUGCUUUUAAGAACACCAAAAGCGCCACCAGUUCUAAUAGCAGAGGAAAUAGAGUAACUAGAUUAGCUAGAUUAGCCACCUUGCUAGAUCCGAGAUUUAAAAAAGACGGGGUUCAGUCAGGUCAAAAUGCGGCCCAAGCGUCUAUGUUGCUGGAAAACGAAUUGAGAAGCUAUCCAGCAAAGACAAAUCCUGUCAUCACACUACGCGAAUACACUGAAAAACCCAAUGAGCCGCUAGAUGUAGACCCAUUGGAAUACUGGAAGUCAAUGCAAAUCAUGGCAUGCAAAUAUUUGUGCAUUCCGGCAACGGAGUCUGAGCGUAUGUUCAGCAAAGCUGGAGAAUUAGUCUCAGACAGACGAACAAGAUUGAAGGAAAAAAAUGUAGAUAUGUUGUUGUUUAUCAACAAAAGUCACGAAAUGUGCUAA